GUUUGAGAGCUUGAACACCUGCUGUGAAGCAGUAAUCAGCGGGCAGACUUCUCCAGCCUUCCGGGUCGCAGCUGCAGCCGUAUCAGCCUGUGUCAGGGGUUUCCACCAGUGCUGCAUUUGGUUGUCUCCCGGGCGGGUAAAAGCUGCUGCUAUCACCGACCACGGCCUUAUGUACAAUUAUUAAUGUUCAAGAGGCAACAUGACAUCGACUCAGCACUGGCUACUGGCCGGUUUCGCACUUCUGUGUAUUUAUGGAGCAGUUGAAUCCAAAAGGAAUUUCAAAUGUCCUUCAGGAUGCUCCUGCACCAAGGAGACCAUCAUCUGCGUCGGUACUUUACCGAUCCCACGGACAAUACCGAAUGAGAUAAACUCACUGAGCAUGGUAAAUGGGUCUAUUUCUGAAAUCACAGAAGGAAUGUUUUCACUUAUGCCCUCUCUUCAGCUGUUACUUCUUAAUGCAAAUUCUUUGACAACAAUAAAAGACGACGCUUUCUCUGGCCUUCCACAUCUAGAAUAUUUAUUCAUUGAAGGGAACAAGAUUGAAACGAUCGCCAAAAAUGCCUUUCGUGGUCUGCGAGAUUUGACUCAUCUAUCGCUUGCUAAUAACAACAUGAGGUUUCUGCCAAGAGAUCUGUUUUUUGGCUUGGAUUCAUUGCUGGAACUGGAUCUGCGAGGCAACUCUUUCCAGUGUAUUUGUGAGAACAAGUGGCUGAUGAUGUGGCUGAAAAACACCAAUGCCACAGUAUCAGAUGUCUUCUGCGCAGGACCCAGUGACAUGAAGGGCAAGCGGCUCAAUGACCUUCCUAUUCCACCGGGCGAGUGUAUCUCCACAGACUUUGUGCGUCAUCAGUCCAUUCCCAUUCAGUCCAUGGCAGCGGACAUCUUCUUCUUCAAAGAGGACAUCUACGUGGCGAUGGCUGCCCCCAACUCCAACAGCUGCGUGGUCAUGGAAUGGGAUCACAUUGAAAUGAAUUUCAGGAAAUUUGAUAAUAUAACAGGAAAGUCUGUUGUUGGAUGCAAGUCGGUUCUGAUCGACAACCAUGUCUUGAUAAUUGUUACCCAGCUCUUUGGUGGCUCCCAUAUUUACAAGUUUGACGAUCGGCAAAACAAGUUCACAAAGUUUCAAACUAUUGAGGUCUUCAACAUCUCGAAGCCAAAUGAUAUUGAGGUCUUCCAAAUGGACGGCAGCUGGUACUUUGUGAUCGCAGACAGCUCCAAGGCAGGUUUAUCUACUCUGUACAAGUGGACCAACCAACCAGACCGCAAUGAAACGGGUUUCUUCUCCUAUCAGUUUCUCCACGAGUGGUUUCGUGAUACAGAUGCUGAGUUUGUCGAGUUGGACGGAAAGUCCUACCUCAUCUUGACCAGCCGCUCUCAGUCACCUGUCAUCUACCUGUGGAACAAAAGCACCCUGAAGUUCAUAUUUCACAGCGAAAUCCCGAAUGUUGACGACGUGGUGGCAGUCAAAGCUUUCCGGUUGGAGAAUGAGUUGUAUCUGGCCUUGACUUGCUACAUCGGUGACUCCAAAGUCCUCAAGUGGGCCAAUAAGCAGUUCACUGAGGUGCAGGCUCUGCCUUCUCGAGGAGCAAUGAUCCUCCAACCUUUCACUUUCACAGACAGGCACUACCUUGCUCUUGGCAGCGAUUAUACUUUCACACAAAUCUACCUCUGGAAUGUGGAGACCAAAACGUUCCACAAGUUCAAGGACAUUUACGUGCAGUCACCCCGGUCAUUUACAGCAGUGACCACUGACCGGAGGAAUUUCAUCUUCUCCUCCAGCUUCAAGGGCAAAUCCAUGGUUUUUGAAAAUGUUAUUGUAGAUUUAAGCUUAUAAUUCCAUGACUAAAUAAGGCAAAAGUAAUGACUAAUCACAAUAUGAGUUGGCUACUCAGAUCAAUAUUUGCGUGUACGCUAUAAAGGAGUCUCAAAUGGUGUAUAUCUUCCUUAUGCAACUAGAUAUAUCUUUCUUGGUUUGAGACAAACAUCUUUGGCAGGUUUCUGCAACUCAUAUGCAUUUCUAGCAACUAUGGAGGUAUGAUAAGUCCCAAGUAGCCAAAGGGUGUCCAUUCUGGCCAUGGCUAUAAUCUGGCCACCCCACGAAGGUAGUAAGAAACCUAUCCAUUGAUAAGGGUUAUAAAAAAAUGUAAAGCCCAUUAUAUAUGAUUCCUAAUGGUGCACCUGUUAGGUUGGUGUUCAUUUAAAAAUGAGAAGCCUGAACUUAUUAUUAUUAAUUAAUAUUAUUUGGCCUAUUGCACUGUACCAGUCAAAGUGUCGGUAUGCCCGGAAAGCUGUUUAUAGCUCUUACGUAAGGCCCCAUUUAAAAGUCUGCUGUCAUAGCGAGGGGCAAGAUGUGAUAAUCGUUUAAAAAUAGUGAUGAUGUCACACACUUUGAAACAGGCUCUCCUGGAAGAUAUUCGUGGUGUUGCACGUGGUUGUACACACGGAAAGUUCUAUUGUUAAAAAUAAAAACGAGAGCUCAUCCCAUUUUAACUUUCUCACACCCUCACACCUGGGUUUGGUUGUUGGAUUGUUGGGUUCGGAUAUUUAAAGAAAAUGUUGAAUAUAGCUAAAAGAUUAAUUUAAGUUUGAACGAUGUGGGGGGAGUUGUUUGAACACCAGGCUCCGCCACUGCAAGCAAAGUUAAAAGUUACUCUAAAAUGCUCUAAACUCUGAAGAUAAAGUGAUUUGUUUGAGACAACUGGAAUAAUUUAUCCCACUAACUGUCAUGACUGAUGAUUUAAAUGUGCAUGAAACAGGUUUUCUUCAAACACAUUCUCCACAUUAACACAGCUGAAUGUAUUAGCUAAAUACUCUGAGCUUAAGACUAACUGCACUGCAUUUAUAACAAGCUACUGUACUAACAGAGUGCCUGAUUAGUGUCAGAACUAAAUAUAAUUUAAUCCUGAUUCCUAUGCAAAAUGUAUAAUACUGACUGUUGCUCUGAAUUACAAUCUUGUGCUGCUAUAUGACUUGAAAUUACAUUUACAUGGUCUUAAGACACUACUGUGUGCCCUUUUCUUUACUGAUGUUUUGAUAUUUUUUAUGUAUUGUACAGAUUUAAAUACAGUCUGUUUGGCUUGGAAUAUAAAUCUUUUUCACAUACAUAACAAUGGCAUGGUGUGCAAAUUAGGCCAUGGUCUUUAUAUAUAGACAUCUUAAAGUAACUACAUGCUAACAAGAUCUGGCAUGAACAGCAAUAUAUUUUUGUUAGCAUUUCAGAUUUCUUGAAAAAGAAAAUCCUCAUGACCUACCUAGCAAACGUGUGUAUAUUUAUUUUCAACUCUAUACCUUGAAGCUACAAAGCUACAUCAACAGCCUUCUAUGUAAGAAUGAGUCUGUGUAAAUGCAUUAAAGAACAUUUAACCACA